UUUCAAUCCUCAUCUGCCCGUGACCCUACAGCCUCCCUGACCAUUCACUCCAAUAUUGCGGCGCGGGCACCACCUCAAUCAUGUUCAAGCCCGGUGAAGCCGAGUCUCAAUCAACGGGACAAGGAGUGCCUAUCAUCUUUGGCCGGGCCAUGAUGCUUUUAUCUAAGCGGAUAGUAAUCCUUUGUGCGGCUUUGGUCAUUUUCACACUGGGCUUCCGGCAUGUCAAUGAGCAGAAUGAAAUAAAUUUGUGGUCCUCGACUGCAUCGAAAUCGUCGACAAAUCCAUAUCCUUCGCCUCACCAGGACGGCGCCCCUACGGAAGAUGUCGAGGAUCUCGGAGCCUUUCGACGUCGAAACAUCCAAGGCUUUCAGAAUACCGGAGUACCUGGAGGGGCAGCUUUAGGACACAAUUUGACGUGCUCAACCCUGACACACUCGGCCGAGAUCGGUGUGCAGGAUUCCUUUUAUCUCUACGACGAUCUGAUUGAGGUUGCCGCCGAAUUAGAUGGUCACCCCAUGGUUGAAUAUACAGAUGGAUCUGCAGGCAGAAAUGGCGGCGGCUCCUUUGCCCUCGCAGACUUGGUCACUACUUCAUGGAGCCGCCUCGCCACCGCCUGCACCUUCAUGCCAGACUAUGGCGUCUACCUGUGCGUGUCACGCAUCAUUUUCCAUCCAGAUGGACAUAGGAAUCGAUGUCGCAUGAGCUUUCUCCGAGGCCAGAUUUACAGCGACAAGUGGGUCCAUCUCCACGGGCACAAGAUUGUGUGGAAAGAGCAAGAAAUCACUUUUCCCAAAGUCUUUGAUACGAGCUCCGAGUACAAACUAGGAGGCGAGUAUUAUGGUCCUGAGGAUGCACGCAUCAUCAUCGAAGAAGGCGUCGAGGGGGCCGAGCCCGUGGUUGUCUUCAACAUGAUCACCUCCUUGUCCGAUUGGAAGCGGGCCAUGUGGAUUUUCCGGCCAUUCUCGCAAACAUCUACAAUCUUGACAGUCAAGGACACUGAAAGGCCCAAAAAGGAGAAGAAUUGGGCCCCAUUCUUUGUCAAGGACCUCGACGACCCACUCCAAGACAAGAAGGUUGCACGGCAGCCCAGCAAACAUAUCCACUUUAUCUGGCGAUUCGAGCCGUUGACCAUUCUUAAAUGCCAACUCCUGACCGGAAUGUGUGAUAUUGUCUUUGUCCAAGAUGUCGAUCAAGGUCUCUUAAGCACACAUGGCGAUUAUGACGGAAGCUUGAGAGGCGGAACACAGUUUCUACCCAUUCCCGCCUCCGUAACACCGCCGAGCACACGAGACCGCAUCUUCCACAAACAGAGCUCUCCAAUGCUUCAAUCAUUUGUCGCGUUCCCUCGGACCCACCUUGAAAAUGCUGGUGGUUGCAGCCGCGCCGUCUACCGACCUGAGUUGGUCGUUUUAACCACGAACACCACCCACUUCUACCUCUCAUAUGGCUCUGGUGCCUUGGACUUUGGUCCUGGUGCGAUCAUGAGUGAGGAGGUCCUAGCAGACCCAUGCAAUCGCGGGCGCAUCAUGAUCACCAACAGCAUUGCCCGAUGGGAGCCCAACGUCCCGAUGUCCGAUGGCAAGACGUCAGACGUCAUGACGUUGACACUCUCCGUCGAUGAUGCCACAGUUCAGGUGGCCAGACUGAGCGGGAUUUGGAGUCUUAUCCGCGGUCUUCCUUCGAUGUCGCGAUACUUUAGUCAGACGGGGCAUCUUCCCGAGGAAGAUUUCGCUUUGAUUGAGCAGUUCGGGGAUGAUGACGACAGGGAACUGUUGCAAAGCCUGGACCCAUUUUCGCGGGUUUCGGCGGUUGGGUGGGACAUCAGAGCAUGUCUGGAGGAGGCAGCUCUGGCGUAUGUGGGCGGCCACAUCCUCCAAGUUGACGAGGCCGUCUUACAGGCCGAAGCCGAGCAAGCGAAGAAGCUUGAAGAAGAAAAGAGGCAAAGGGAGGAAGAAGAAGCAGCAGCAAAGAAGCAAAAGGAAGAAGAAGAAAAGGCAAAGAAGGAAAAACUUGAAGAAGACAAGGCGAAAAAGCUGCUUCUCCCUCCCACGUGAAUGUGUGGGCUAUCGGACCUGUGAUAUGGAAAUGGAUAGAUCUGUCAAUAUUGUCAACUGUGUGGUUCAAUCCGACCGAGUCAAAGCCGGCCAAUGCUGCGAUAUAUGCUUAUAUGUUUAAAAGGAAUACUGAGG